ACACAAAUACAACAAAACAAAAAACUCACAAGGAUUCUAAACACAGCUGAAGGAAACAUGAAAAUGGCAAUGGGUUUAGUGUUGCUUACAGUUUUGUUGGCUGUGAUGUCUUCUACAAGAGUCUCUGCUCAGUCGAGUUGCACAACUGCGUUGAUCAGCAUGUCUCCCUGUCUCAACUACAUAACCGGAAACACUACCUCUCCUUCUCAGCAAUGCUGCAGUCAGUUGGGUAACGUAGUCCGUUCUUCUCCUGAUUGUUUAUGUCAAGUCCUCAACGGUGGUGGCUCUCAGCUCGGGAUCAACGUUAACCAAACCCAGGCUCUUGCUUUGCCUAGGGCUUGUAAUGUUCAGACUCCUCCUGUCAGUCGCUGUAACAACGGCGGUGGUUCUACUGCUGACUCUCCUGCAGAUUCACCAAACUCUUCAGGACCAGGAAAUGGAUCAAAGACCGUACCAGUAGGAGAAGGAGAAGGAGAAGGACCAUCAUCAGACGGAAGCUCUAUCAAGUUCUCAUAUUCUCUUCUUGCCUUCCUUUCCGCAGCUUCCUACAUGGCAAUCUUCUUGAAAUACUGAGUUUCCACAUCCACGUUUCUCCUGAAACCGAUUAAGCUUUUAUACCACCUCAGAUUGCAUUCUUUAUUUUUCCCUAUUUCUUCACAUUUCCUUGUGAUUACGUGUGAUGUAUUUAUUCUGUGCUCCGUGAGUCCCUACUCUCCUAUGGUGAUAUUGGAUCUCUUUACCAUUUUAUAAUAAAUACUACUUUUUCA